AUGACGUUCCGGUACUACCACCCCAAAACGGGUGAGAAUGUGUGGAAGUCCAAGAAUGUAGACGGGUUUCAGGUGCUUCCGAACAACAAAAGCUCGUGCAAGUCCAACAGCUUUAACGUAAACUUUAAGGGCCAGCCAGAUGGCUCACAGGUGUACGACGUAUCGGCAAAGCUCGAUGAUCAGGUGCAGGUCAUCUACUCGAUGACUCGGCCUUCGCAGGCGAAAGGUUGGAAGCUUGGUCAAGAUGAGAGGGCCGGGUUCAGCUACUUUGGCGAGAACGAAAGCGUGCCUGAAGGGUAUGUUGUGCAUCGAUUCUGGCCGUUUGCCACCACGUCGGGCUUGAUCAUCAUCAAUGGUCGUGCCAUCGAAGCCACGGGUCAGGGCAUGUUUGUCCAGGCGAUUCAGGGUAUGCGACCGAACUUGGUGGCGUCUCGCUGGAACUUUGGCAAUUUCCAAAGUAAGGAGAUGGGCGGUACGAGCGCUAUUAUGAUGGAGUUUACGACAACGUCUGAUUACGGCAAAGCAGGCACCGAGGCAGGAGCAACGCGAAAGCCGCAGACAGUCACGAUUGGCUCGAUUGUGUGUGGCGGUCAGCUUGUGGCUGUUGUCGGUGCCACAAGGCUCGCUGUGCGCGGCUCGGAGCAAGAGCCGUCGUCCUCGCACACUCCUGCCACCCACAUUCAGCACGAGGCUUGCGCCAAGGAUGAACUGACGGGAUACUCUGUGCCACAAAAGAUGACGUUCGUGCUAGAUGGCCCUGCCCUCGUUGGUGUUGAUCGGCCUUCUGCAGAUGUUAGAGUGCACGCAACGAUGGACGUCAACCUGGGCGCGCCAACGGCGAUGCAGGGUCUGAUUGAAAAGGUCGAUGUGCUAGCUGAAAUUCCCUUCAUGGUGCGCAAGAUUGUGAACUAUGUGGCUGGAACGAAGCCAUACAUUUACCAAACACUCAAUGCGACGCAACUGAAGCUGGAGAUUCCAGAGGCAGUGAAGAAUGCCAUUGGAGCUAGCAGUACAUCCUUGGAGCUACAGGGCUCGCUCUUUGAAGAGCACACAUUCAUUAGUGAGUGA